CAGCGGCUCGCUUUUCAGAGGUCGCACUAUAAAAGAGGAAGGCACAGAAUGUAGUAGGUGCUAGAACUUACUACUUAGAGAAAAAAAAAUGGCCGGACUUUGUCUCGCUAUCUUCUUUGCGUUGCUCUUACUAUCUGCAAGAGCGGAGGCUUCCCAGUGCUCAGUCAAGGGAUUACCACUGAUAAGAAAUAUCAGUGAGCUUCCUCAGGAUAACUAUGGAAGGGGAGGUUUGUCCCAUAUAACUAUUGCAGGUUCGGUCAUGCAUGGGAUGAAAGAGGUUGAGUUAUGGCUUCAAACAUUUGCCCCGGGAUCAGCUACACCAAUUCACAGGCACUCCUGUGAAGAAGUUUUUGUUGUUCUUAAGGGAAGUGGCACUCUGUAUCUUGCAUCAAGUUCACAUGAGAAGUACCCUGGAAAGCCUCAAGAGUUCAAAAUCUAUUCUAAUAGCACAUUUCAUAUCCCUGUUAAUGAUGCUCACCAGGUAUGGAAUUCAAAUGAAUAUGAAGAUUUGCAAAUGCUUGUUGUUAUAUCUCGUCCGCCAGUCAGAGUGUUUAUAUAUGAGGACUGGUUCAUGCCUCACACUGCAGCAAAAUUCAAGUUCCCAUACAACUGGGAUGAACAAUGCUUCCAAGUACCUCCGAAAGAUGAACUUUAGAUUUUAGGCCUGUGCAUAUUGCUAAUACACCAAAAUGGCCUUUCUGUUGCUAAAAAUGCCUGAGGCUACCAUAUUCAUGAGAAAACAGAAAGUAUAAGAAAGAGUUUCAUUCAGUGUAUGCUAGAUAUUAGAAGUAUGAAAAGUUGUACUCUUUGUUUACCAUUCUGCCACAAGUUUUGGAACCCAUCCGAAAUAAUACAAGGGGAAAUUCUGAUGUGUC